AAAAAAAAAGUGUUGCAGCAGGGGAAUUUGUCAUCUCACCUUUCAUUUCUCUAGAAGUUUCCAAGGAUCACUUGUGCCUCGUCCGUGGGAAGACCGGGGCAGCCGAGAAGGCCUUGGUGUGGAAUUCUGAGAGCUGAUUCCUGCCUUGUCUUCCCCACACUGUCCCUGGAGAAAUCUGAGAAGAGCAGAGCGGAGGGAGCCCCAGACACGGUCCGCGGGAGAGCCGUGGGGCUUGGUGAGUGUUUCGUGGCCUCUCGGGUUGGUCGGCACCCCCAGCCGCUGGCCCAGGACCCCCCUGCAGAAGCGUUCCAGGAGAGCAGGCGUCACCAAGAUGUCCAACCCCUUCCUGAAGCAAGUCUUCAACAAGGACAAGACAUUCCGCCCCAAGCGCAAGUUCGAGCCGGGCACCCAGCGCUUCGAGUUGCACAAGAAGGCGCAGGCGUCGCUGAACGCCGGGCUGGACCUGCGGCUAGCGGUGCAGCUGCCCCCGGGCGAGGACCUGAACGACUGGGUGGCCGUUCACGUGGUGGACUUCUUUAACCGCGUCAACCUCAUCUACGGCACCAUCAGCGACGGCUGCACGGAGCAGUCCUGCCCCGUCAUGUCGGGGGGCCCCAAGUACGAGUACCGCUGGCAGGACGAGCAUAAGUUCCGGAAGCCCACGGCGCUCUCCGCCCCCAGGUACAUGGACCUGCUGAUGGACUGGAUCGAGGCGCAAAUCAACAACGAGGACCUCUUCCCCACCAACGUGGGUGAGUCAGUGGUGGGCAGGGGCUCAGGGAUACACAGCCUUCCGGAAAAGUCAGGGAGGCCAAGCACAGUGGCUCACACCCGUAAUGCCAGUGCUUUGGGAGGCCGAGCCCAGGGAUCGCUU